CGGUUCCUCCCCCUCCCCUUCUUGUUUGACUCCGUCUGGGAAGGAAGGCUUUGGUGCAUGCAGGCUCGGAGACCUGGAGGCUGCCAGGACUGGAUCCGGAGUUGAGAGCUAGUUUUGAUUCUUGACAUUUGUGGCCUCGUGAGGAUCGAGCUGCGAGCUUCUCCUUCAUCGGCAUCCUUGUUCCAGCCCUCCGGCGAGCGAGCAGCGGUAAUCCCGUGUAGAGUACCCCGUCGCAUUGAUUGCGGUCCACGGCGCAGAGCGAGACGAACCACCGGUGAAGAUGUCUGGCUAUCAGGGCAAGAAGAACAUCCCCCGCAUCACAAGUGAUCGUCUCCUGAUCAAAGGAGGGAAGAUCGUGAACGAUGACCAGUCCUUCUGUGCUGACAUCUAUAUGGAGGACGGAGUCAUCAAACAAAUCGGGGAAAAUCUCAUCGUGCCCGGUGGGGUGAAAACCAUCGACGCCCACGGCCGCAUGUUGAUGCCGGGCGGGAUCGACGUGCACACGCGUUUCCAGAUGCCCGAUCGAGGCAUGGUGUCCGCCGAUGACUUCUACCAGGGCACCAAGGCUGCUCUGGCCGGAGGCAGCACCAUGAUCAUUGACCACGUGGUUCCCGAGCCUGGCGUCAGCUUCAUCACGGCCUUCGAGCAGUGGCGUGAAUGGGCCGACAGCAAGUCGUGCUGCGACUACUCGCUGCAUGUGGACAUCACCGAGUGGCACAAAGGCAUCCAGGAAGACAUGGAGGCGCUGGUCAAGGAUCACGGUGUCAACUCUUUUCUGGUCUACCUGGCUUAUAAGGAUGUUUUCCAGCUUACGGACGCUCAGGUGUACGAGGUGUUCAGUGUGAUCCGCGAUCUGGGAGCCAUCGCCCAGGUCCACGCUGAGAACGGAGACAUCAUAGCUGAGGAGCAGCACAGGAUGCUGGAGCAGGGGAUCACUGGUCCUGAGGGGCACGUGUUGAGCCGUCCUGAGGAGGUGGAGGCGGAGGCUGUAAACCGCUCGGUGACUGUGGCCAAUCAGACCAACUGCCCUCUCUAUGUCACCAAGGUGAUGAGCAAGAGUGCUGCUGAUGUCAUCGCUCAGGCCAGGAAGAAGGGCACUGUGGUCUACGGAGAGCCAAUCACCGCAAGCCUGGGAACAGACGGUUCUCACUAUUGGAGCAAGAACUGGGCCAAGGCAGCUGCCUACGUCACCUCCCCUGCUCUGAGCCCCGACCCAACCACACCAGACUAUCUCAACUCCCUGCUCUCCUGUGGUGACCUGCAGGUGACAGGAAGUGCACACUGUCCCUUCAACACUUCCCAGCGUGCUGUGGGCAAAGACGACUUCAGCUUGAUUCCUGAAGGCGUCAAUGGUACCGAGGAGAGGAUGUCUAUCAUCUGGGACAAGUGUGUGGUGACCGGUAAGAUGGACGAAAACCAAUUUGUGGCAGUGACCAGCACCAACGCCGCCAAGAUCUUCAACCUGUACCCGCGCAAGGGUCGCAUCGCUGUCGGUUCAGACGCCGACCUGGUGCUGUGGGACCCAGACGUCACAAAGAUUAUCUCUGCCAAGAGCCACAACUCGACUGUGGAGUACAACAUCUUUGAAGGCACAGAGGUGCGCGGCGGGCCUCUGGUGGUGAUCAGCCAGGGCAAGAUCGUCCUGGAGGAAGGGAACCUCCACACCACUGAGGGCUCGGGACGCUACGUGGCCCGCAAACCUUUCCCGGACUACGUCUACAAGAGGAUAAAAGCUCGCAGCAGGCUGGCUGAGCUGAGGGGUGUACCCAGAGGACUGUAUGACGGCCCGGUCUGCGAGGUGUCUGUGUCAGUCACCCCGAAAACCAUGACCCCUGCCUCCUCUGCCAAGACCUCACCUGCCAAGCAGCCCAACCAGCCCGUCCGUAACCUGCACCAGUCUGGUUUCAGCCUAUCCGGCGCUCAGGUUGACGACAACAUUCCUCGCCGGAACACCCAGCGCAUCGUGGCGCCGCCUGGCGGCAGGGCCAACAUCACCAGCCUGGGUUAGAGCUCUGCCCUCGGCCGCCAGGGAGGGAAACGAAGAUCGGAGGACGGACGGCCGACAGGAGCUGAAGGGUGGAGAAACCACGUCACGACACAGGGAGCCGAAACCCUUCGCGGCACCUGACCGGGCCAUCCAUCAGCCUCCGUCUUUCACCUCCUCCUUCGCCGCCUUUCACCUGCCCACUCUCCUCCUCCCCAAAACCCCAUCCUAGAGGACACAGUUAUAAAAAAAGAAAAAGGAAAAAAAAGGGUCUGCCUCAUAUGAUAAAAAAAAAAAAAUAAAAAAAAAUGAAAACACUCCUUAUUUGAGCACUUUUGACUGCAUUAUUUUUUUUUUUAUACCGUACUUUCUCCCUGCCAUGUAUCCUUUUGAUGUUUGUUUUGCUGUUGUUUUAAUAGAGCCGUCAAGUGGGACUAAAUUGAAUUUAACACCGUUAAGAGAAGAGGAACAUUUUCAUGCAGGAUGUCUACUGCAUUUCCAUUCUUCCUUUUCAUUUUGGGGAGUAGUUUAAAUGGCGCAUGGGUACAAAACCAUUUGUUACCUUCUUUUCUUGCUUUUCUUGAAAAAGGCCAAUUUGUAAGGUUGCUUGAAAUUGAACCCUGUUACAGUUUAUUCAGCUGACAAGAAUAGAAUACUUCUUUCAAGCUGUCUGUGGUUUGUAUUAUGUUGCAUUUCAACUGCCUCGCUUUCCAGUGCAUCGCCAUCCGUCACAUACUGCUGUAAUCAAUAUACCAUUGAAUAUUCGCCAUGAGGACGUCCUUAAGGUUUGAAAAAUUGAACACCGCCACAAUCUUUUAUUAGGAUUAUAGACUCUGGCUGCACUGGCUCUCGUUUCAUGCUUUCCCACCUAUGGCUUUGCUAAGGUACAUAAGUUGAAAACCAUAUUCCAUAUUUGGCGGCUGCCUUAGAGCUUGUUUAGCAGAAGGAGCUUUGGCAGGUAGUAAAUAGAGCGUAAUGCCUCAUCCCUGAGCGAUAUUGGCCAUUGUUAAGUGGGAGAGUUGAAGGGAAGAUUUAGGGAGGAAAGAGAAAGUUGUACUCACGGUCACUUCAAACUCACCCUUUCCUUGCCUUAUUGUCUCUUAAUGCCGUCCUAUUAGACAACUUUUAGAGGUGCGGGGAAGGUGCCAUUCACUCUGCAGCUACAUAUUUUUCUGUUUUUUUUGCAUUCCUGUGAAUCCUAAAGGUCCAUAAAGGUUUUCGAUUGACAGCUGUUAACUGAUAACCGUCCCAUCACCAACCAGUGCAUUUACACACAGAAUGUUUUCUCCUCCUUUAAAUGUGACUAUUUUAUACUCACCAAAAUCCCUCUUUCUUUUCUACUCUUUAUGUGCCUGAACCCAACGAAGUUGUACUGAUAGUUUGGUUUGUUCUUGUUUUGUUAUUCUUAUUGAGGUAAGUGAAGGAUGUAAGAUAAAAAAAAAAAGAGGAAGAUGUAAAAUAGCCAGGAUAAACUGAUUUCAAAGGUGCCAGAUUUUGCGCUUUCAUAGGGCCUAUUCUGCCGGUAGAGCCCCUGUAAAGACGGAAAAUGCUCAAUUAUCUUAAAAAUGUUCUAAUGUUUUAGAGUUUUUAAACUUGUUUGUGCUUUUUAGUGUCUUUCUGUAACUAGGUGCCUAAGGGCUCAGCACUAUUGAUUUACGCUUUGGAAGUAGAAAUGAGCUAAUGUAUUUCUGACUAGUGUGCAGUGUUGAUGUGAUGGAUGGGACACGCACAGCAGGCUCCUGUACAGCGCUCCUUACUGUUGUUGACGUGACAUUGCUCCAGGCUGUGCUGAGCACUCAUACCUCCAUUUUUUUUUUUUGCAUGAUCUGGUUUUCAUUAAGCCAAGCAACUGAUUUCCUGUGUUAGUUGUUAUGUCAAUGAGGUCUUGGCCACCAGUCAUCUCUCUGCAGCCUUUUUCUUCCCCAUGACUCAACACGGAGCAACAAGCUCACCCUGACAUAAGGACCAGUUACAUAAGUGUAGAGUAAGACUAGUCUAUGCUUUAGACUGGUCUUCAGUUAUUUAGACUAGUCAAAUGUAGACCGUCCUGCAUUCAUAUUAACACAGAAGACCUACUUGUUGCUGUAGCAGCACAUAAGAGCUAGCAUUAGCUUUAGUUAGCUGUGACAUUUAAGCUUAUUCAACUGGCCCCUGACUCCCUCACACGUGCAUAUAAAUGUAGUUACAUACGCACUACAUCACCUCUGUGUUUGUACUUUCAAACCCCAGUUUUCAGGCUUUCUCUCCUCUGGUCUAACUGGAAGCAUAUAGAAGUCUGUCAGCGUUCUGAAUGGUAUAUGUAUUUAAGGAAUCCAAAAGCAGGGCGAAUGAAAUGGGUCUGAAACAUUCAAAGAUGCGACAAGAUGGGAAUGGGAAAUGGAAAUUCCAUCUCCACAGCAACUUGCACACAUUACACAAAGCAGUGGGGAAUUUGACCCUGUGUGUCUGCCUCUUUUUUGUUUUUUUUUGUUUUACUGUCCUAAUGAACAUUGCAUUGAUACUUCUAGCCCUCUCUUCUUAUAGACCCACUACACUGUAUGACUCCCUCCUGUUACGUCAGGUUGGAAAGUAUGUGGUAGAAGAGAUGGGAGGUGAAGUCCUAUACACAAAUACUAAUUGGCAGCAAGUGUAGCUCUCGUGAGACAGUUUGCUCCUUGUAUUUUAGUAUUUUCCAUGUCACUCCUUCCUUUCAGUUUGUCUUUAUCCGCCUUUCUCUCUCUCUCUCUCUCUCUCUUGCUCUCUCGCUCUCGCUCUCUCUCUCAUUCUUCACCUCCCUCACUCUCUGGCUCUUUUGUUGUUUCUGGCUGUUGCCGAGGCGACAGACCUCUCCACCCUCACAGGGUUCUGCUUUUUUGUUUGUCAUGGCAACGCUUGUCAGAUUGGAGGUUGCUAAUAGCAACCCGUCCUGACCUGGUGCUAUUGACACACACACACACACACACACACACACACACACACACACACACACACACACACACACACUCUUUUAGAAUUAUUCUGUGACAGCUCUGCACCAUUUCUACAUAAUCCUGUGCUAAGUUGCGUGGAAUCCAGAAUCCCCUGCUACUUAAAAAGAACUAUUAGAGUUGACAGCACCCAACAGAUUAUAGAAGAAACACACACACACACACUUUCACACACACGCAUCAAACAGCCGUUGCUGUGAUGCAGCACCCAUGCCUGAAGAAUUGACAAAAAACAGCUUUCAACGCUGGCGUCCUCGCCGUGUCCCAUGCCUCCUCGAUGUACACACACUAAAACACACACUUGUACUCCUUUAAUGCUCUUGUCAGCUUGGAUGCUUUUUCUAUGCCAUAUUAUGCUAAUGAUAUAUGACUGAUAUGUAUGUACGCAACGUGCUGCAGGCUGAGAGGAGCUUCCUUCCGUUCUGAGGUUGUUGAUGCUGUUGAACACCUCCUUGCCCCCCUGAACCCUCUCGUCCCCCCCCCUCUGUAAGCCUUUCCCCCUUGUGAAAGUGAAACUGUGUGAUGGUAUUUGUCUUGGUGGCUGUGGGGUUUCUGGGAUGCUUGCUCAUUAUGGAUAAAGUGUCAUAUCCCACAGAUGGUGAUGUAAAAAAAAAAAAAAAAACAAG